GCCCCGACCCGCCCCGCGCCCACCCGGGGCCGCGGGAACACCCACGGCUGGAAGCACGGGGCGGACCAGGGGCGUGUGGGCGGGGGAGAGUUGGGGUUUAGUGUGUCCGCCCCUCCAUACCUGAUCCCCCCGCCGCCAACUGCUGUCCUCUUGUCGUAAUGCUCUUUGCCAACUUUCAAGCUCACAGGAAAUCUCAACCCGGGGCGGGGCGGGGCGGGGGGCACACUGGUAAAUGUUCAGUACUCGGCAUCCUCGGGGUUGAAGGACGUGACCGUGUCUGGUUUUGAGUUGUGUGGCUGUCUUGUUGCCACCAUGGAGCGCACACAGUACUGCAUCCUGUGGAACAAUUACCACAGCUCGCUGGUGAACACACUCAGCAUGUUGCGACGAGAGGGGGACCUGCUGGAUGUGACACUGGUGUGCGGUGACGGGAGUGAGGUGCACGCACACCAGUUGGUCUUGUCUGCUUGUUCAUCCUACUUCAGGAACUUCCUUAAGAACAAUCCCUCCAAACACCCACUUGUCCUGCUGCCGAUGGAGAUACGCUACGCCGAGCUGAAGGCCAUGGUGGACUUCAUGUACACGGGACAGGUGUGUGUGAACCAGGAGCGGCUGCAGGCAUUCAUCAGGGGCGCCAGGUAUCUACGCAUCAAAGGUCUGGAGGACAACGGCGACGACAGUGACCUGGAGGAGCUGAACCAAGAACUAGAGGAGAAGGGCUCGGGCAUGGUGGGGGCUGGUGGAGGGGGGGGUGAUGCAGCCUCUACCACCACUAUCAAGGGCAAGGUCGUGAAGGACCACCGAUACACUCAGCAGGUUGACCUUGGGGACUCCGAUGAAAACAGAGAAAAGUGGGAGGUGGUGGAGCGCAAGCCAGUCAUCCUCCCUCGCUCCCAGCCAACCAUUCCCCCUGGGUCAGGUGCACGGCGGCGGCGAAGGGCGCGAUCAGCACUAAACAAGCGCACGAUGCACCUCAGCAACAACAUUGUGUGCUAUGAGCAGCGUACAGACUGCUCGGACCCGCAACACGACGGCCAGGAGCCCAUCAACAAGAUCAGGCGUUUGGGCUCACCAGGUCACUUCCACGAUGACGACCUUGACAUCUGCACCUGCACGUCACGCAAGAUCUGGUCGGUGAAGGACACAGAGGCGCUGCUCAAGGUGUGGCGGGAGACACUUACUCAGGUUCCGCCGUCCUAUUUCAUCCGCUCAAGGGCCCUGUGCAAGCGUGUGGCCCGCCGGCUGCAGGCGCGUGGCAUCCAGAAGAGCUGGCGCCAGUGUCAGGUGAAGAUGAAGAAUCUGCGGCGUGAGGUGAGGCUGUACAAGGAGUCCCUCGGCCGCAACAACUCUCGCAAACCCUCUGAGGUGGCCACAGCCUGCGAGAAGCUGCUGCCAGACAUUGAGGACAUCUUCAAUAAGGAGGAAGGUAUUCGACAGGAGUGGUACAAGAUGCGUGCAGAGGAAAGGCUGAAGGCUGAGGGGCGGCUGGUGGAUGGGGAGGGAGCACCCGGGGACAUACUAGCCCAGGUGGCGGUGUUGGCAGACUCUGACCUCUGUGACGAGGACACGGAUGCACAUGAAUGUGUGGGCCGGGAUGGGAUGGAUACAGAGGGGGAGCGAGGGGCUUUCACAGAGGGGGAGGGCUUCACAGAGGGGGAGGGGGGCUUCGUGGAGGGAGAGGUAGAGGACGGGGAUGUUCAUGGGGAUGACACAACAGCGGUGCACCACAUUGUUGAGCAUGUGACCCUACCGGUGGUCACCAAGCAGGAGCCUCACUCGGGCACGGAGAUAUAAAGGGACUUGGUGACAGGAUAAACACUCUCAUCAUUGUUGUACAGACCUUUCACCUUCAUAUUUAUAUUUUGGGACGUGCACACUGAACUUCAUUUUUUCCAUGUUUCAUUGUGUUUUUUCCUCAUUUCUUCCCCAUAUAUUUCCUUAUCAUAUGUGACCAUAUCAUCUCUCAUGACCUCUCGACAUACUUUGCUGCCAUUUAAUACUCUUUGUUUUCAUGACCUGCAGCUGACAGCUUUAGUGUUGCCAAAACUUUUGAAUUGUUACAAAGGUGGAAAUUAACUAAGGACGAGGUAUGUGUGAUGUAUCAAGAUGGGAUGGAAAAGUGAUGAUGUGUAUGAGAAUUUUGUGUGGGUGUAACAGAAGAGCUUGACUGGGUGAAACUGGAGACUGAGAUGGUGUGGACAUCUGAUGAGAAUGAAUGAGGAUGACUUUGUAAAGAGUGUAUGAGGGCAGGACUGAGGGAGAGGACAUCAGUGGAAGGCCACCAGCAAAAUGGAUCAAUAGAGUGGAUGAGUUGUGGGGAGAGUUGGCAGGCAAAGGAUUGAAUGUGCUAAGAAGUGCAGAAAUAAAUAAAAUUGGAGAUCCCUGCCAUGGCCACCCCUUGAGGAGUUCCAAUGAAGGAGCUGGGCAUUAGGGAUGUAGAUGAAUAAAUUUAUAUGGUAGCACAUCAGUGGGUAAAGACAGAAAAAAAUGCUGUAUGAUAUCUUGUUAAUAAAAUUCUUAUUCUUU